AUGGAAGUGGUACCGUUAUCAAAUAUCACAGCAGAAAGUAUAGAAAGAGCCUUUUAUGAACAUUGGAUAACACGAUUUGGUGUACUUUCUUGUGUUAUUACUGACAGAGGAACUCCAUUCAUUUCAGAACUGUUUCGAAAUUUUGCUUCGCUAUGUGGAGUAAAAGUAAACCAUACAACUUCUUACCAUCCUCAGAGUAAUGGGAAAAUUGAGCGUCUACACCGUACUUUUAAAACAGCUAUUAGAUGUCACAAUUCUCUUCGUUGGACAGAAACAUUACCAACAGUUCUUAUGGGUUUGCGAGCUGCUCUACAUGAGGACUGUAAAUAUACAAUAGCUGAAAUGGUUUAUGGCAAAACUAUUAAAUUACCUGGCGAAUUUUUUGAAGAAUCAAACAUGCCAACGUCUAAUGAUAAUUUUGUAAGUAAUCUUAGAAAUCAGAUGGCCCUCUUAAAGCCCUAUCGAUCCAAAUCCAAAUGUAAACAAAAGAUUUUCAUCCCAAAAGAUUUGUACACUUGCUCGCAUAUGUUUCUGCGGGUCGACAGAGUAAAAAAACCUUUGGAGCCUCCAUAUGAAGGACCCUUUUUGGCACUGCAAAGAACCCCGAAAUAUUUUCUUCUAUCAAUGAAAAAUAAACAAGUUAGUAUCUCUGUGGAUAGGUUAAAAACAGCUUAUGUGUUACAACCUAAUGAACUUUUGUCUCCAACUUCAAAAAGUGAUCAUACAUCUGUUCCAAGAAAGCAAACAUCUGUGCCAAGUCAGCAAAUAGAACAACCUAAAAAAUCAACACGCUGUGGAAGACAAGUAAAACUUCCAGUUCGUUUCAAUGACGUUAUUGACUUUUCUUGA